UUCCCGCCGCCCACUUGAAUAGGAUGCUCCGCUCUUUUUUCCCUCUCAGCUCCAAAUCCAGACCCAGCGGCAGCCUAACCAUUUCCCUCUUCUCUACCACUACUUCAACAGCUGCUCUCCUCCAGAAAUGCAAAUCUCUUGUCCAAGCCAAGCUCAUCCACCAACAACUCCUCAUCCAAGGCCUCUCCCACCAUUUCGCUACCCACCUCAUUUCCGCUUACCUUACUCACCAUGCCUCUUCCCAUUCCAUCUCCCUCCUCCAGCGCUUCACCCCAUCUCCCUCUGCGGUCUUCUUCUGGAACUCUCUUAUUCGGCGCUUCCUUCACCUCGGCUUUUCUCAUGACGUUCUCACUCUCUUCCGCAGGAUGCUAAGCCUCGGCUGUUCUCCUGACCACUACACCUUCCCUUUUGUCCUUAAGGCCUGCGGCCAGCUUCCCUCCUUCCGCCGUGGAGCAGCUGUUCAUGCUGUUGUCUGUACUACUGGCUUUGAGUCCAAUGUCUUUGUUUGUAACGCGCUGGUGGGUAUGUACGCUCGGUGUGGUGGGUUGGACGACGCACGACAGGUUUUCGACGAAAUGUGUGACCGAGGGAUAUGUGAUGUUGUCUCCUGGAAUUCCAUUGUGGCCGCUUAUAUGCAAAGCAGGGAUGCGAGGAAUGCGGUAGAGUUGUUUCGCAGGAUGACUUGUUAUUGGGAAAUCCACCCAGAUGUCGUUAGCCUUGUCAACGUGCUUCCUGCUUGUGCAUCUCUGGCCGCGUCUUUACAUGGUAAGCAAUUGCAUGGUUUCGCUCUGAGGGUUGGUUUAUUUGAGGACGUUUUUGUUGGUAAUGCUUUGGUAGAUAUGUAUGCUAAGUGUGGGAUGAUGGAUGACGCAAAUAAGGUUUUCGAGAGGAUGAAGGUGAAGGACGUUGUUUCUUGGAAUGCAAUGGUUACUGGGUAUUCUCAGAUUGGUAGGUUUGAGGAGGCUCUGGGGUUAUUUGAAAAGAUGAGGGAGGAGAAAGUUGAGUUGGAUGUUGUGACUUGGAGUGCUGUGAUUGCGGGCUAUGCUCAAAGGGAUCGUGGUAAUGAAGCAUUGGAUGUGUUCAGGCAAAUGCAACUCUGUGGUUGCAAACCUAAUGUUGUUACACUUGUGUCUCUUCUUUCUGCUUGUGCUUUGAUUGAAGCAUUGGUUCAGGGGAAGGAGACUCACUGUUACGCCAUCAAAUGUGUUUUGAACUAUGAUUGGAAUGAUCCAGGAGAAGAUCUCAUGGUGAUUAAUGGUCUAAUUGACAUGUAUGCUAAGUGCAAAAGCACAAAUGUGGCUCGUUCCAUGUUUGACAUAGUUGCACCAAGUAAUAGGAAUGUUGUGACUUGGACUGUCAUGAUUGGUGGAUAUGCACAGCAUGGAGAAGCCAAUGAUGCAUUGAAGCUUUUUUCUGAAAUGUUCCAAGAAGAUAAGUCUGCAAAGCCAAAUACUUUUACUAUAUGUUGCGCCUUGAUGGCUUGUGCUCAUUUGGCUGCACUAAGGUUUGGUACGCAGGUUCAUGCUUAUAUAUUACGCAAUCAGUAUGAAUCUGUGCUGUUGUUUAUGGAAAAUUGCCUUAUAGAUAUGUAUGUGAAAUCUGGUGAUAUACAUGCUGCUAGAGUUGUAUUUGACAACAUGCAGCAGAGAAAUUCAGUUUCUUGGACAUCCCUACUUACUGGUUAUGGCAUGCAUGGCUAUGGUAAAGAAGCUAUCAAGGUUUUUGAUGAGAUGAGGGCAGAAGGACUUGUUCCUGAUGGUAUUACCUUUCUUGUUGUACUCUAUGCUUGCAGCCAUUCAGGAAUGGUUGACCAGGGAAUCAGAUUCUUCAAUAACAUGCAUAGUGAGUUUGGCGUCAUUCCUGGGUUGGAACAUUAUGCUUGCAUGGUUGAUCUUUUAGGCCGUGCUGGUCGAUUGGGUGAAGCUUUGAAACUUAUUCAGAGCAUGCCCAUGGAGCCAACCACAAUAAUAUGGGUGGCAUUACUUAGUGGUUGUAGGAUCCAUGGAAAUGUGGAACUUGGGGAAUAUGCUGCUAACCAGCUGCAGGAAUUGGAUUCAGUGAAUGAUGGGUCAUAUACACUGCUUUCAAACAUAUAUGCCAAUGCCAGGCGUUGGAGAGAUGUGGCCAGGAUCAGAACUUUGAUGAAACAUUCAGGGGUCAAAAAGAGACCAGGUUGGAGCUGGGUCCAAGGAAAGAAAGGUACUGCUACCUUCUAUGUGGGUGACAGGUGUCAUCCACAAUUUGAACAAAUAUAUGAACUUCUUGCUGACUUGAUUCAACGCAUUAAGGCAAUUGGGUAUGUUCCUGAGACGAACUUUGCACUUCAUGAUGUGGAUGAUGAAGAGAAAGGUGAUCUUCUUUUUGAACAUAGUGAGAAGUUAGCUCUAGCCUAUGGCAUUUUAACCUCAUCUCCUGGGGUGCCUAUUCGUAUCACCAAGAACUUGCGCAUCUGUGGUGAUUGCCAUAAUGCCAUUACUUACAUAUCCUUGAUCAUUGAUCAUGAAAUCAUAAUAAGGGAUUCAAGUCGCUUCCAUCAUUUCAAGAAUGGAUCUUGCUCUUGUGGAGGCUACUGGUGAUACUGGAUUAUUGAUGUCAAGGUGGGUUAUUAAUUUAUGGUACUUGAAGAGGUCCUAGUAUGAUUACACAACCAUGAAGGAUAGUUAUACUUUUGAGUCUGCUCUUUCUUAUGGAGUACAAGGGUAGCUUGUUAUGUUUUAGACUCAAACAACAUGAUAUUAAUGCAACUAAGAGAUAGAAUUCGUUCUCA